AUGGAACUAAUACUGAAUAAUCUCAUUUCUGAUGAUCUAACGAAAGAACAAAGACAGUCAAGUCUUGAGUUCUUACAGGACAUCCUGCAAUCUGAGACAAAGGAAUAUGAAACUUAUUUUUCAUCCAGGGCAGCUCCUGGUAGCAUAACCGAGGACAUAGCAGAAAUUGAUGCCGAAUUAUCUGCUCUUGAUAGAAAGAUAAGGAAAUCACUACUGGAAAAUAAGUGUCAAGUUAUUCAGGAUAUUCUUGGGAAUGACGACAGAGUCCAAUUAGAAGAAAUAUCCAAAUCUUUGGAACAACUCUGGGAGUUGGACGCAAAUAUCAAUAAAGCUGCAGAUGAAGAAACCAUGAAUGAAGAAACCACUAAUGAAACUAUUUCUCUCGACGACUUUUUAGAGCACGACAGCGAAAGUAAUGAUACGAAUGACAUUAUGACCACUGAUCCAGCAAGAAAAAAGAAGGAAGAUGAAUUUCAUAAGGCAUUAAGCAGGUUAAGAACCAGACUUUCGGCCAAAGGAGAUGAUAAGGACGAGAUCAGAUCAGAUACAUUGGUCACCGUACUGGACAAUUUGGAUAGCAUUACAGAUUUGAUGGAAUUGCCAUUCUUGGCGCGUACAUGUAUUAGAACGGGACAUUAUCAAGAAGCCGUCAUGUUAUACACUCAUACUAUCUCUUUGAGGUCAAGAUUCCCUGGCUCAACCAUUGUAGAUGAGGUCUGUGAAAAUGUUUUGAAUGAGAUAAGUACUACUAUGUUAUCAGGGUUAGUCAAACUGCUAUCUACUAAUGUAUCGGUUAACUCACUGAAGAAAAUACUAAAGUACUUGAAUUCCAUUCCACCAUUUGAUGGAAAGACAAAUAAACCAUUGUUAAACAUUUUCUUGGCCAUGAGGUACAAAUUCAUUACUGGCGAAAUAGCAUCGUAUUCCUUAGAUAUUGAGUCUUCGAAUGAAUCAUUGAUUGAAAUUAUGGUUAAGAGAAAAGUCGAGGUCCUCAGGGAACAUGUGUAUAUGUCGUUGAAUAUUUUCAUUAAAAAUUUUUUGUAUGAUACAAGCGAUUUAGGGAUUCCAUUUCCGGAAGAAUUAGAAGCUGGUGCAUCAACAACAAGUGCAACGGAUAAGGAGAAGGGGGGGAUGACAGAGAAGAGAGAAAUAGAACAAGAGAAGAAACCAGAAGAGGACAAGGCAGAAGAAGAGACAGAUGAAAAAGCAGAAGCAAAGGCGGAAGAAGAGGUAGAAGCAAAGGCAGAAGGAGAAGUAGAAGCAGAGGCAGAAGAAGACGUAAAUACUAAGGUUGAGGCGGCUUCAAGUGAGUCCCCUAACAAGAUGCCACCUUCAAAAAGGGUGAACAAAAUACCAACAAAUGCAAUUAUGCUGCAGUUCGUUGAUAGGUGCGUCACAUACUUAUUAAACGAUCUCAUCCGCGAUUUAGGCGGCAUCAGGCUAAGUGACUCCGUUUGUCUACAACUCGUGUACUGCUCAUUCCGUCUCUCUGACCUAAAUCGAAACUACCAUCACCUCUUCUUGAACAAGAUAAGCAACACAAGUUUAUUCUCCACCGAACAGCUCACCCAGGCGAUCAAUAAAAGAGCAGAGUUGGCCACUAAAUAUAUUUACUCUUGA